UGUAUACUGUAUUCUUCUCCAAUCUUUUUGGCCAUGCCAAGAAAGCAGCAAUCUAUAGAAGCGAUGUCUAUGCCAUAGCCAACAUGGAGGAAGUAUCCAACGGUGUCAUUUUGUUCUACAUGAGCUACUUGCAAGGAGUGUUGAAGAAGAAUAAGAUGGAGGAUAUGAUCCAGUUUGUCGACUGUGAUCAAGUCAGUGCAAUUGGGAGUGGAACAUCUACAGUGAGGUCUCGUGAUCUGUCUGACAUAUAUAAGAAAGGGAAGCCAGGGCAGAUCUUUUUUAUUCCUUAUAACACAGGAGAUCAUUGGACUUUGACGAUUGUGAACCCGGAGAAGGAAACUGCUCGCUAUAUGGAUCCACUGAAAAGGCGUCUGAAUGGUAGUGAGUGGCCUUCCAUUGUGACUAGCUCCCUUAAAAUGUACAAGGGCCUGAAGAAAAACACUGGAAAGAAACAAGCAAAUCCUUGGAAGCCUCUUCUUGGUGCUCUGAGACAAAAAGAUGCGAGGAGUUGUGGAUAUUAUGUGAUGCGCUACAUGAAAGACAUUGUGGAGGACGACAACCUAGACCCGGAUGAAAAGUGGGGAACAAGGGCUGGAACAAGGGAUGCUCAGACUUACACAACCCAGCAACUUGAUGAAGUACGAGAGGAAUGGGCUAAGCAUAUGCUAACAUUUCCAGAUCACUGA